CAACUUCUGAGCGUUCCCUCCCAGGGACCUCCGAGAAAUCUGGACCCUGCAGCUUCUUUUGGCUCCUUGACUCCUCAGGAAGGAUGAAAGACACAGAUCCUUCAAAGCUAGUGAGGAUGGAAGGGGGAAGAUGGACGGUUGACCUGGUCAGGUUGUCUCCUGCAUCGCUCCCCACAACUUCUGAGUGUUCCCUCCCAGGGACCUCCGAGAGAUCUGAUGGUGAUGAACUGGAAGAGAAGAACAAGGGGGAGCACAACAGAAUCCACAUAGUGGAGAAGUCAUAUAAAUAUUCAGAGUGUGGAGAGAACAUCCGUCAGAGCUCCCAGUCCACCUCCCGUCAAAGAAAGAGCUUCGUUCAGAGGGAUGGCCUUACUUCACAUGAAAGAGCACAGAGUAAGGAGAAACCCUAUCAGUGCUUGGAAUGUGGGAAGAGCUUUAAUCAAAGCGCACAUCUCACUUCCCAUCAAAGAAUUCAUACCGGGGAGAAACCCUAUCAGUGCUUGGAAUGUGGGAAGAGCUUUAGUCAAAGCUCACAUCUCACUUCCCAUCAAAGAAUUCAUACCGGGGAGAAACCCUAUCAGUGCUUGGAAUGUGGGAAGAGCUUCAGUCAGAGGCACAGUCUCACUUACCAUAAAAAAAUUCAUACCGGAGAGAAACCCUGUCAGUGCUUGGAAUGUGGGAAGAGAUUCAGGCACAGUACUACUCUCACUUUGCAUCAAAGAACUCAUACAGGGGAGAAACCAUAUCAGUGCGUCGAAUGUGGGAAGAGCUUCAGGGAGGAGGCUAGGCUCACUUUGCAUCAAAGAACUCAUACAGGGGAGAAACCCUAUCAGUGCGUCGAAUGCGGGAAGAGCUUCAGGGAGGGGGCCAAGCUCACUUUGCAUCAAAGAACUCAUACAGGAGAGAAACCCUAUCAGUGCUUGGAAUGUGGGAAGAGCUUUAAUCAAAGCGCACAUCUCACUUCCCAUCAAAGAAUUCAUACCGGGGAGAAACCCUAUCAGUGCUUGGAAUGUGGGAAGAGCUUUCGUCAGAAAGGUGAUCUUGCUUUGCAUAGAAGAAUUCAUACAGGGGAGAAACCCUUUCAGUGCUUGGAAUGUGGAAAGAACUUCAGUCAAAGGGCCAAGCUCACUUUGCAUCACAGAAUUCAUACUGGGGAGAAACCCUAUCAGUGCUUGGAAUGUGGAAAGAGCUUUAGUCAAAGUGCACAUCUCUCUUCCCAUCGAAGAAUUCAUACAGGGGAGAAACCCUAUCAUUGCCUGGAAUGUGGGAAGAGCUUUAUUUGCAGGCACAAUCUCACUUCCCAUCAAAGAACUCAUACAGGAGAAAAACCCUAUCAGUGCUUCGAAUGCGGGAAGAGCUUUGGGGAGGGGGCCAAACUCACUUUGCAUCAAAGAACUCAUACAGGGGAGAAACCCUAUCAGUGCUUCGAAUGCGGGAAGAGUUUCAGGCGGAAGGACACUCUCAUUUCCCAUCAAAGAGUUCAUAGAGGGCAGAAACCGUAUCACUGCUUGGAAUGUGGAAAGAGCUUCAGUCAGAAGGUGAAUCUCACUUCCCAUCCAAGAAUUCAUACAGGGGAGAAACCCUAUCAGUGCUUGGAAUGUGGAAAGAGCUUUCGUUUGAGUGGUGAACUCACUUCCCAUCAAAGAGUUCAUACAGGAGAGAAACCCUAUCAGUGCUUGGAAUGUGGGAAGAGCUUCAGUCAGAGGCACAGUCUCACUUCCCAUCAAAGAAUUCAUACAGGAGAAAAACCCUAUCAGUGCUUGCAGUGUGGGAAGAGCUUCAGUCACAGGCACAGUCUCACUUCCCAUCAAAGAAUACAUACAGGAGAGAAACCCUAUCAGUGCUUCGAAUGUGGAAAGAGGUACACUAAGAGCUCCCAUCUCACUUCCCAUCGCAGAAUUCAUACAGGGGAGAAACCAUAUCAGUGCUUGGAAUGUGGAAAGAGCUUCAGGAAGUUGGUGAAUUUCACUUCCCAUCGCAGAAUUCAUACAGGGGAGAAACCCUAUCAGUGCUUGGAAUGUGGAAAGAACUUCACUCAGAGGGCCCAUCUCACUUUGCAUCACAAAAUUCAUACAGGGGAGAAACCCUAUCAGUGCUUGGAAUGUGGAAAGAGCUUCACUAAUAGCUCCCAUCUCACUUGCCAUCGCAGAAUUCAUACAGGGGAGAAACCCUAUCAGUGCUUGGAAUGUGGAAAGAGCUUCACUAAUAGCUCCUAUCUCACUUGCCAUCGCAAAAUUCAUACAGGGGAGAAACCCUAUCAGUGCUUGAAAUGUGGAAAGAGCUUCAGAAGGAGCUCCCAUCUCACUUGCCAUCAAAGAAUUCAUACAGUGGGGAAACAAAAAAAGAGAAAUAAAAGAAAAAAUAUUAAACAACCCUUACAAAAUACAAUUGUAUAGAAAAGUGAAAGGGGGGGAUAUAAACUAAAAAUACUGUUUAUGACAUUUGUAUCAUAUAUAUCAUAUCAUUCGUCAACACAUAGAAAGGCAGGCUCCCCCACUUCUCCCCUGCGUGACCCCCUCUUCUCCCCAUAUCCCACCCAGAGAGAUCCUUCCCUGCGUUCCUUGCAGGUCCCUCGGACCUCCAACUGUCCUCUUCGUAUGUGUGUCCUCCCAAAUUCAAAAUAAAGGAAUCUUAAUAUAAAAUAUUAAAAAUA